GGUCUCUUGUGAAGGAGACUUCGCACGUCAAGCAAAACUACCGCCCACUCAGCGGCGCCAGACACUACUCAACCGAUCCCGCCCGCCGUACAUACAUAAUCACUGAUCAUGUCUGCUCUUCGGUCGUUUACCGCUGCCGCACCCUCCCUCACCCACACCUCCGCCAGAAUCGUUCCGGCUGCACGCGCAUUUCCACGACCAAUCGCGGCAAAGGUUGUACAGCGCAGAAACAUGGCGUCACAGCAGAUUCCCAAGAUCAAGGUCAAGAACCCGGUCGUCGAGCUUGAUGGCGAUGAAAUGACUAGGAUCAUCUGGAAGGACAUCAAAGACAAAUUCAUCCACCCAUACUUGGACAUCGACCUCAAGUACUACGACUUGGGGCUGGAGAAGCGUGAUGAGACGAACGACCAGAUCACAGUGGAUGCUGCUGAGGCAAUCAAGAAAUACAGCGUGGGCGUGAAAUGCGCGACCAUCACGCCCGACGAGGCGCGUGUGGAGGAGUUCAAGCUCAAGAAGAUGUGGCUGUCUCCAAAUGGCACAAUCCGAAACAUCUUGGGCGGCACUGUCUUCAGAGAACCGAUUGUGAUUCCACGGAUACCCCGACUUGUGCCAGGCUGGAAGAAGCCAAUUGUCAUUGGUCGUCACGCACACGGAGACCAAUAUCGUGCGCAAAACAGAGUCAUCGAAGGCCCUGGCAAGCUGGAGAUGGUUUUCACGCCGAAGGGCGGAGAGCCACAAAAGAUUCAGGUCUUCGAGUUCACUGACAAGCACGAGGGCGGUGUAGCUCAGACACAGUACAACACUGUGGAGAGUAUCAAGGGAUUUGCCCACUCUUCGUUCAAGCACGCUCUUUCUCUCGAAUACCCGAUGUACAUGACAACGAAAAACACAAUCCUGAAGGCAUACGAUGGAAGAUUCAAGGACAUCUUCCAAGAGAUCUACGAGAAGGAUUACCGCAAGGACUUUGAAGCCAAGGGCCUGUGGUACGAGCACCGUCUUAUUGAUGACAUGGUCGCUCAAAUGAUCAAGAAUGAGGGCGGCAUGGUCAUUGCCAUGAAGAACUACGACGGUGACGUCCAAUCCGAUAUCGUUGCCCAAGGAUUCGGAUCCCUAGGUCUCAUGACCUCAGUGCUAGUCACUCCAGAUGGAAAGACCUUUGAGGCCGAAGCCGCUCACGGUACCGUCACCCGCCACUACCGCGAGCACCAGAAGGGCAACCCAACCUCAACAAACCCCAUCGCGUCCAUCUUUGCGUGGACACGAGGUCUUGCCAAGCGUGGAGAACUUGAUGGCACACCAGAAGUGACCAAGUUCGCUGAGAGCUUGGAGGAGGCAUGUAUCCACGUUGUUGAUGAGCAAGGCAUCAUGACCAAGGACUUGGCCAUCAGCUGUGGAAAGAAGAACGACUACGUGACGACGACCGAAUACCUCGAUGCAGUGGAGAAGAGAAUGCGAGCUGUGCUCAGCUCGAAGCUGUAAGAAUAUCGACAGCCGCGGUCUUGGGUAGAUGCAGUAUGUCCCAGCAUUUGGAACAGUCCCGUCAUGUACAGUGUAGAUAGGUACAAUAAAUAGAGUAUCACGUCCACGAAAAUUCCUAGGUGGUCUGUGUUCAUGAGCUGUUGGACAGUAGAGCAGGAGAGCGGAGCAGAGCCCGCGAUUGUGGUGCCUCAGGC